AUGUGUGAGUUUCAAUUUUUCUGACGCGCCGUAAAAAAUCUGAAAAAAAGUUGUUCUUAUCAUAUUGAAAGAUAAACCGAUUAAAUUAUUUAUUUCACAUUUCCUUCUAUAUAUUUAUAUUUUAUUAAUAACUAUGAUACAUUUUUCAAAAGUUCAUUUCAUUUCAAAAUAUUUUUUUUACAGAUUCAUUCAAUAUGGUCUCAAUUUUAUUGCUCAUGUUUAGUAUAAUAGUUCAAUCAGCGUUGAUUAUUCGACCAAAUGUUGUUGAAGCAGCGCAUGGAGGUUAGUUAGUUUUGAUAAUUCAAUUUUUCUUCUUCUUACAUUUAAUGAAAAAAACCUCUUGACCCAUAACAUGUCAAGGGCUAAUUUGCCAUAUGUAGUAGUUGUUCUGUUUUGUGAGGAUGAAGCAAAAGCAGAAGCGGAUGUGGUAAUUUAGUUUGGAGUUGUGGGAAUAUUUUUGAAUUAAAAGAGGUUUUGAAUAAAUUAUGAAUAAGGGUGGAUGAAAGGAAGUUUUCAAGUGAAGUGGUUCAAAAUUUUGAGAAUGAAUAAUUGAAAAUUCUAACUAAAAUUUUGAAAACUUAGGGUAUAUUUAUUGCUAUUUUUGUGGAAAGUUUUUUGUUGAUUCAGAAUCUUUUGAAUUGAACGUCAUUUUCUUAUGUUAAAGAAAUUCUUAGAGAAUCAAACUCAUCUAAAUUUUAGUUACAAUAUAUUUUUCUCUAAUUAAAAAUCCAAAAUGAUAAAACUUUCUCUCAAAUCUCUGCCCUUAAUUUUCAUGAGAACCUCUAUGCAAUUUCAAACGAAAAAUCCAAAAAUUUGAAUAUAUAUAACUGAAUUAAAACAUAAUCCAAUCAAAAAACGUCCGUUUCCGUUCGUCACACUCGAAAAACCCAAACAUUUUGAAACCAUUUUUGAUUGACAUCCAAAUCCCCGAGCUUCUCUUUUUUGCCUGCCUGCCUGCUUGCCUCACCCAUCCACUUUUCUCAAUUCCUUCUUUUCUUGCAUAAUUUAUCUUGAUCAUCAUCAUUGUAUACCAAGAAAAAAAAACGAAAAAGUAGUAUCAGAGGAAGAAGAACCCUUACCAACCAAAAAUCAGAUAAGACUUGCCUGUUCGGUUUGGUAGGGUACUUAUUAUAAUAGUGGUUGGUAUAAUUUUUUACUAUAGAUGUAUUGUCUCUUUAUCUACCAAACUAUCUCUCAUCAGAGCAUGACGAGAUAAUAAUAGGGUUACCAAACGGAACUUACUAGAUAGUCCAGUUCUUCUUUCUCUAUAUACAAAAAAAGCAUUUAUUCAAAACAACUUGUUUUUGACCAGAUGGAAUUAGCGGAUGCUCACCUAUUGUUCAGUGCUAAUUUUCAAAAGGAUUGACAGAAGGGUAAAAAGCUGACAGCAAGCGGGGGAAACAAAAAAUAAUUAAGAAGAGAUGGUGCAUUGAAUGGAUGAAGAGGUGUCGGCUGGCCCUUUUUUCAAUUAGUUUAUCGGGGAAAAGCAAUUGAAUUUAGGUUAAAUGAAGGAAAGGCAGAGCAGCGAAAUUAUUAAUCUGAUUAUUUAAAAUUAGAAUCAGAAGAAUAACAAAUUUUGAUUAUCCACCCUUUGUCUCCUAUACACAAAAGCAUAGUUUCUCUCUAUUGUCACCUUAACUUACACAAUGUAUAACACCAUCAUCUGCCACCAUUGUUUGAUUCUCUAUCCAUCAUUACCUAACACUUUUGACUUUUCUUCUCACAUCUGACGACAGAAUGUGCACCUUUCCUGCUCUUCCCAUUGUUCUUAUCUCUCGGAGCAACUAAUUACUAGCUGUGAAAUUCACGGAACAGGUGUUGAAUGCAGGUCUGCUUUCAGUAUAUUCAAUUACCUUUCAUUGUCUUUCGGCACCUUACCGACAGGUGAUUUGAUACUCUUUUUUUAUUAUUUUUAAUUUGGUGCGACUUGUGCACUUUUUAAUUACGUAUGUAUUUUUAAAAGAAGUGGGUCUUGGCAAAAUUAUUCGGUCGAAUUUCUUUUCAUUUGGCAUCAAAUUACAAGUUUCAUGACCACUUGCAAUUAGCUGAGAUAGACAGCUUUUUCCUCUUUGCCUUGGCUCGCGCACUAAAUACAGCUGUGUUGAGUCGAGCUCAACCAAAAAUAAAUAAAUAUAUGGGAACCAAAAAAUAUUUAAACUAGAAUGUGUCAAAAUAUUAUAAUAUUUGUUUUUAUACUAGUACUAAUAAACAAAGCCUGGGGCUUUUUUUUCUCUAGGAAAAUGUUGGAAAAUGUAUAUCUGGUGGUUACGUAAUUAAUGACCUCUUGAAAAAUAAUGAUACAAUUAUAUAUAUUACUCAAUAUGAACUAAACUAAAUGCACUUGAGAUGCUCACAGCAGGAGCAGAGAGAAACAACAUCUGCAAUACAACAAAAAAAUAAUUACAGUUCCUCCACGCAUGCGCGAUGUUGAGACAAAGUUUCGUAUCCCGCUGGCUCAGAAACAAUUCAAAAUUGUAUGCCCAAUUAUUUCGACAGGCAAAGAUAACGUGAUGAUUCAAUGGUCAAAAAAUGGUGAACAGGUGAGAAACAAAAAACUCCGCGGGUUACUGUAUUUUUCUUUUGGUUUUCUGUGGCAAGGUCAUCCAUCAUUGUGAUGUGAUCGAAAAAAAAGGAGGAAGACACACACUAGUAGUACCCCCCGAUUGAAUCAAGUCACUUUUUUUUCGAAAAAUAGAAGAAGGAUAGAAAAAACAUAGAUACAUAUAUGUAUACAUUUAUAAAUGUACUCCAUUAUAUGUCGCACGUCCCAAGGGGAAAAGAGUCGACAUCAUCAAUCAAAAUUCAAUUUCGUUUAUAUGUUAGAUAAACUCGACUUCUUUCAGCUCGAUUGGGACAGUCGAUAUAAAAUUUCAAAAGAUGGAAAAGAAUUGAAAAUGAAGUCGGUGAAAUUUGAAGACAGCGGAAGAUAUCAAUGCCAGGCAACAAAUGGUUUUGGACACAAAACAAUUGAAUUCAUUGUUCAUGUUCAUGAUGAAAAUGAUCAUGCGGGUUCAGUUAAAGAUUAUUUGGUUCUCUCAAAUAGUUCAGCUAGCCCAAGUUGGUUAAUUGAUAUGAAUAAUGAGUGGAGAAGUCCGAUUAAAAUUAACACUGGUGGAAAACUUGAAUUGAAUUGUCCAGCGCAAGGAAAUCCGUUGCCAGAAAUCAAGUGGUAUCAAAACGAUGUUCAAAUCAGUGAAGGUAAACAUUUUUCUUUAAAUUUUCGUUUCUAAAUAAUUCUUUUUUAGAAACUCACAAGCACAUUUCUUCAAUGAGAAUCGAGCCAGCUGCAGCUUCAAAUUCUGGUGUUUAUCGAUGUGUUGUUGAAAACUCUCUUGGAUCACUUUCCUACACUUUCGAAGUUUCAGUUGGAGAUUAUUUUGAUCCACCAACUACAGAAUCAACAUCUUAUCAAGAGCCAUCUGUUGAGCCAAUUAUCGAUCAACCAUAUAACAUCAGUGUUUAUGCGGGGCACACAGCACAAUUCCAAUGUAAAGUCAAAUCUGCAGAAAAUACCUUGAUUAAAUGGUUGAAAGAAGUGAAAAAUCCAGAAAAGGAGAAAGAAGAAGAUCCAAAUGCCACAAUAAUUCAUGCAAAUGGAAUGCAUUUAUUGGUUUUGGAUCAUAUUCAAACUGAAACUAUAAUGCCAACUGAUGCUGAUAACGUAUACACAAAUCGAUUAACAAUCAGCAAAGUUCAACACGAACAUGCUGGAAAAUAUAUUUGCGUUGUUACUAGUGCAGAAGGUCAUAUUGUAUACAAAGCUGCUGAAUUGAAAGUCUUGACUGCAUAUGAUUUCUCAUUCCGUAUCACUGCUGAUAGCUUUUUCCUUGUUAUCUGUCCAGUUGUUAUUAUUUUCAUUGUAUUUGUGAUCAUGGCAAUUAUUUGGCUCAAAAAGAAUCAAGAACCAAAUGGAAAAUUAGAUUCAAAGCCACCACCGCCACCAAGAAUGCCCCCACCAGCAGCACCACAGGAGCAUCAAGAUUGGACAAGUGAUCGCACACUUCAUUCAUCGAAACCACUUUUGUUGAAUAAUUCUAUGUUCCAAGCAAACACAAGUACUUUGAAAUAUCAUGCAGCAACUAUGGAUAGAAAUGCGCUACAUAGAACAGAAAGACGUGAGUUAGCCUAUCUUAUGUUCAGAAUUUUUAAAAUAAUGUUUAAUUUUUCCAGGUUUCGAUGAGAUGUCAAAUGUUUAUGAUAAUAGCACAGUUCAACAACCAUAUUGGACCCAACAACGAAAUAAUAAUAAUUCAAUUUAUAAUGGAGGAUAUCGAACAUUAGAUGUUUAUAAUAAUCAUCGAAAUUAUCCAACAUCUGAUGAUUAUUCCGAUCAUGAUCAUUUCUUCUACAAGCGAUAG